UUUUCUUUCAAAAAAAGUCGUUUGGUUGUGGUUAUUCAUCAGCCAUAGUAUAAGGUGUUGUAUUAUUGAGGCAUGGCAGCUCUCUUCCAUGCUUCUUUUUCAGCUUCUAUCCAGAGCUUUUAGAUACCAUGGUUUUUCUUCCUUCAGUGUUUCUGACUUCUGAGCUCUUUCUGGGCUCUGCUUGGAUGCUUUCAAACACAUCUACACAUAGGAAUUCCUUUUGUUUUCCGUCUUAACGCUACCUACUCUGCUUUCCUCAUCUUUCUUUAUCCAACUUUUUCUUUCCUACUUACCGAGAAAAGACACGCUUUCUCUCUCUCUUGUAAGACGAUGUUUCCUGAUUUCCGUAUUGAUUACUCUCUCUUAUUUUAUUGAAGACGUUCUUGGGCAGAAAGGAAUAAAUCCUUUUUAAAUAUCAAGGCUGCAUUCAGUUUGAACUCUGCUUUGGCAUCUUUCUGCCUUAUAUUAUUGUUCCCCUCUCUCUCUCUCUCUCUCUCUCUCUCUCUUAGUUGGUGAGUAAAACCAACUCUGGUUUCCAACCCAUAGCUUUAAAUUCAGUAGCUUAUCAUAAGACCCGCAUAGUUUUUGAGCCUCCAACCACAAUUUAUAUUCUAUAUUGGUUAAAGGGAUUAUGGGGUUGUUGAAAAGCAUGGAUUUUUCUGGGUUUCUUGUUGCCAUGUCGUUGCUAUUUGCUGUAUUUUCGAUGGGUUCUGUGAGUGGAAUUGGAGCUAACUGGGGAACCCAGACAACCCACUCUCUGCCGGCUUCAACGGUGGUGAAGAUGCUAAAGGACAAUGGGUUUCAAAAGGUUAAGCUUUUCGAUGCCGAUUCCACGAUUCUGGAUUCUCUGAAGAAUUCUGGGAUGGAGGUGAUGGUGGGUAUUCCUAAUGACAUGCUUUACACUUUGGCUAAUAGUGUGCAAGCAGCCGAGAAUUGGGUUGCCAAGAAUGUCUCAGCACAUGUCUCUUCCAAUGCUGUAGACAUCAGGUAUGUUGCAGUUGGGAACGAACCAUUCUUGCAAACCCUCAAUGGAAGCUUUGAAGGAAUAACUCUUCCUGCUCUUCAAAAUAUCCAGGCAGCCCUUAUAAAAGCUGGUUUGAGCAGUCGGGUUAAAGUCACAGUCCCCCUAAAUGGUGAUGUUUACACAAGUCAAAACAAUAUCCCUUCUCAGGGAGACUUUCGUGCAGACAUCCAUGAUCUCAUGCUGCAAAUCGUUAAGUUUUUGAAUGACAAUGGCUCUCCUUUUACUGUCAACAUCUACCCUUUCAUCAGCCUCUAUGAUAAUCCCAGUUUCCCUGUCGAUUACGCCUUCUUUAAUGGCUAUUCCUCCCCCAUAGAUGAUAAUGGAAGAAUCUAUCAGGACAUGUUCACUGCAAACUAUGAUACCCUUGUUUGGACCUUACAGAAAAAUGGCUUUGGAAACUUGUCCAUCAUUGUUGGAGAAAUUGGCUGGCCUACUGAUGGAGAUCAAAAUGCAAAUAUCCAGUAUGCUCAGCGGUUCAACCAAGGUUUCAUGGCGCGGUAUCUGGCCGGGCAGGGGACCCCAAUGAGAUCAGGCCCCUUAGAUGCUUACUUGUUCAGCCUUAUUGAUGAAGAUGCCAAAAGCAUUCAGCCAGGUAACUUUGAACGCCAUUGGGGGUUGUUUUACUUUGAUGGAACACCCAAAUACCAGCUAAAUUUUACUGCAAACUCGAAGGGUUUGGUGGCGGCAAGUAAUGUACAAUAUCUGGCCCGUCGAUGGUGUGUCGUGUCGCCGUCGGUGAGUCUCGACAAUCCGCAACUUGCAGACAGUGUCAGCUAUGCAUGUCAAAAUGCCGAUUGCACUAGUCUUGGAUAUGGGACUUCAUGUGCAAAUUUGGAUGCUCGUGGGAAUGUCUCCUAUGCAUUCAACAGUUACUAUCAGAUACAGAAUCAGCUGGAGACCGCCUGCAAGUUCCCAAACCUUUCAGUUGUCACAAAUACAGACCCAUCAAUGGGAGACUGCAGAUUUAGGAUCAUGAUCGACGCGCCUGCAGGGGUGGCGAAUGGAAUGGCGAGCGGAGUUGAAUCACUUCAGCAGCCUGUUUGUUUGAUGUUGUUUCUGUUCUUGUUUAUCUGUACAAUUCUGUGAUUUUGUUGCUUUGUACAGUAUACUACUGGCUUCAAUUUUUUUUUAUUUAAAAAAAUUGGUGUAUAUAGACUAUAAUAUUUCAGAGUUUUAGAGAUUUAAACUUACACCCAUGGUGCAGCCUGGUUGUCAAAGGCCGGGUUUUGGAUGAGCCAUAGAUUCGGACAUCUUGUGUUUAAUUUCGCACUAGGGUUUUCUUGGAUUACA